UCGUUAAGAGUGAAACACUGAUGUCAAAACCCAAGCCAAAACCCUAGCCAACGAUUCGCAGAGAGAGAGAAGCAAGGGCGAUCCAAUGGGGAGGUCGAGAAGGAAAUACAAGCAAUCUCGUGCGAAGGUGCAAGUGGGUCUCCCGAGAAAAAACCCUCACGUCUUCAAACCAUCCUUCACUCUCCCUCCAAAGCUCCGCUCCCUCGUCGAGGUCGAGGAUGCCCGCUCCAAGUGGGACGACAAAGCCAGCGUCAUCCAGAACUACAAGUCCUUCGGCGUCGUUUCUAACCCCAAUUUCCUCGGCGUCCGUUCUCGUACUUCUCAUAUCGUCGAGAGCGAUUCCCUUCAAGUCCCUCAUCCUCCGCCUUAUGAUAAAUCCGCCGAUGAGGUCGAACCAAUUGACUCCGGCAGCGAUCUCGAAGAAGAUGACUUAAAAACAGCACUAGGGAAGAAGCGAAGAGAUGGAAAAAGCACACAUUUACAGCCCUUGACCACUAUGCAACGUCUUCAUAUUGGCUUGCUGAUUGAGAAAUAUGGCGAUGACUACCAGGCAAUGUUCAUGGAUACAAAAUUAAACAAGAUGCAGCAUUCGGUCGCGACUCUGGAGAAAUUAUGCAAGAGAUAUCAUAUGUUUGGACAUAAAAAUCCUUUGAUAUUACCUAACUGAGAAUGUCUCGUUUUGCAUCAUGCCAAUCUCUCAGGACACCGAGAUUGCAAAAGUAAAAAAAAAAAAGAAAGAAAGAGAAGAGAGGAUAGUUUUGCCCUUUUUUUCAUUUCUAGUUCGAAGUUGUAUGGAUCGGCAGUGAUCCUUGUAGCCUCCCUCAACUUUCAAUUUGGAUUAUUGUAUUCUCAUCUUGGCAAGGAAGUAAAGUUACUGAUUAUUUAUUUGAAGA